ACCAGGAUUUCCCAUUCCCAACCCCUGGAAGUCUGUGAGGACGAGGAGGAUGCCCCGAGACGCUGAGGCAGAGCAGGAGCUGAGCACGGAGAGCAGGGAGGACAAAUCCCCGCGGCAGAACCUGGUGGCAGAGGCCGUUUGGAGCGGCUCCACGGCGCAGGAACCCAGCGGGGAGGAGAAGCCCCGGAGAUGCCGCACGAGGAGGGGCUGCAAACGCAGAUGGCGGGGAUCUGAGGGGGAAAGAGCCAGCCUGGGCCGGGAAGGCGGCCGGAGAUGGAGCCAGAGCUCGGAGCUGGGGCUCCAGGAGCAGCUCCAUGAUGGGGAGAAGCCCCACACGUGCAAGGAGUGUGGGAAGAGCUUCAGCUGCAGCUCCAGCCUGAGCCUGCACAUGAGGACCCACACAGGGGAGAGGCCCUACGAGUGUGGGGAGUGUGGGAAGAGCUUCAGCUGCAGCUCCAGACUGAUCAGGCACCGGAGGAUCCAUACAGGGGAGAAACCCUACGAGUGUGGGGAGUGUGGGAAGAGCUUCAUCCAGAUCUUCCACCUGACCAGGCACCAGAGGAUCCACACUGGGGCACGACCCUACGAGUGUGGGGAGUGUGGGAAGAGCUUCAGGUUUAGCUGCAAUUUGACCAGCCACCAGAGGACCCACACUGGGGAGAGGCCCUACCAGUGUGGGGAGUGUGGGAAGAGCUUCACCGACGGCUCCAGCCUGAUCAGCCACCAGAGGACCCACACCGGGAAGAAGCCCUACGAGUGUGGGGAGUGUGGGAAGAGAUUCAGUGUGAGCUCCCACCUGAUCCUGCACAAGAGGAGCCACACUGGAGAGAAGCCCUAUGAGUGUGGGGAAUGUGGGAAGAGAUUUAGCCAGAGCUCCAGUCUGAUCGUGCACCAGAGGACCCACACUGGGGAACGGCCCUACGAGUGUGGGGAGUGUGGGAAGAGGUUUCAGAGCAGCUCCAGCCUGUUGCUGCACCAAAGGACCCACACCGGGGAGAGGCCUUUCGAGUGUUCCGUGUGUGGGAUGAGCUUCGGCCGGAGGGCCAACCUGAUCAGGCACCAGGGGACCCACACUGGGGAGAGGCCCUACGAGUGUUCCAAGUGUGGGAAGAGGUUUCAGAGCAACUCCAUUCUCCUCCGGCACUAUCAGACUCACACAGAGGAGAGGCCCUUCCGCUGCCCCGACUGCGGGAAGGGAUUCAGGCGGAACUGCCACCUUGUCAGGCACCGGAGCCUGCACACUGGGGAGAAGCCCUACGAGUGUGAUCAAUGCAGGAAGAGGUUUCAGAGCAGCUCCUGUCUCCUCCUGCACUAUCGGAUUCACACGGAGGAGAAGCCCUUCCAGUGUCCUGACUGCGGGAAGGGAUUCAGGUGCAACUCCUCCCUUGUCAUCCACCAACGCACCCACACUGGGGAACGGCCAUACAAGUGUGGGGAGUGUGGGAAGAGCUUCACCUGCAGCUCUAACUUGACCCACCACCAACGGAGGCACCGCUAAGGGAAGCCCUGCGAGUGCCCCGAGGGCGGGAAGAGCUUCGUGCGCUGCGCCAGCUCCAUCCCCCACUGCAGGAGCCACGCUGGGCACAGCCCUGGUGACCCACAUUGCCUGUGAUCCAUGCUGGGAGCACACCUGGCUGCUUCUCCUUUUGGUUUGGCCUUAAUGUUUUUCUAUUCUAUUUUUUUCUCUUCUCCAUCACUUUGCAUUAGAAAUGGCAAGAGGGAUGGAUCUGUCAUUAUAAAACCACUCAAAUGCCACUGAAAACCGUUGAGCGUUGUGCCGUAAAUGCUCAAUCCCACCUCACAAUGGCUUCUUCCCACAUCAGCAAACCUCAGUCUCUCACCAAACCCACUCAAUUCCACAGCGACCAGGCUGAGACGGCGUUCGGAGGAGAUUGAGAGUCGUGGGAUCCCAAUUUGGAGCACUGGGAUGGGCAUUGUUUGGGUCUGGGUAUGUGGGAUGUAUUUGAUGGCAAAUAAAACUCUCAGACUUA